UUGCUCAUUUUUCCAAGAUGGAAAACCAUCUGUUGUUUUACAUUUUAUUGGCAUUGAUUCCUGCACUUGAAACAUCAGACUUUUUUAUAACACCUUUCAGGAACAUCAAGAAGCGAAGUGCUGAUGACUUGAUUGUCAAUGGCAUAGAAAUCUAUAGCAUGAAAAUUGACAGCAAAGUGACUUCCCGAUUUGCCCACAAUGUCAUCACUAGCCGAGCUGUCAAUCGUGCCAAUGUGUCUAAGGAAGUGGUUUUUGAUGUGGAUCUCCCUAAGACAGCCUUCAUUACCAAUUUCAGCAUGACAAUUGAUGGUGUUACCUAUCCUGGGACUAUAAAAGAAAAGGAAGUUGCAAAAAAGCAAUAUGAGAAGGCUGUUUCACGGGGACAGACUGCGGGUCUCGUCCGGGCUUCUGGGAGAAAAACUGAAAAGUUCACUGUUUCAGUCAACAUUGCAGCAGCCAGCAAAGUCACUUUUGAGCUCACCUAUGAGGAACUGUUGAAGAGAAACUUUGGAAAAUAUGAGAUGCUCAUUAAAGUAAAACCAAAGCAGCUCAUCAAUCACUUUGAGAUCCAGGCAAACAUCUUUGAACCCCAAGGUAUCCGUGAGCUGGAAGCACAAGGAACAUUCAUCACCAAUGACCUGUCACAAGUUAUUAAAAAAUCUUUCUCAGGAAAAAAGGGCCAUGUGUCUUUCAAGCCAACCAUUGAUCAACAGCGAACCUGUGCAAAUUGUUCAACAUCACUGUUGGAUGGAGAUUUUACAAUAAAGUAUGAUGUGAAGAGAGACAGUGCAGGUGAUUUACAGAUUGUCAAUGGAUACUUUGUACACUUUUUUGCACCAACAAAUCUUCCAAAUUUUCCAAAAAACGUGAUUUUUGUAAUAGACAUUAGUGGCUCAAUGUCUGGAAUAGGAAUACAACAGACAAGGGAAGCACUUCUUAAAAUAUUAGAGGAUAUUAGGGAAGAUGACUACUUUAAUUUUGUACUGUUUGGUUCCGAUGUACACAUUUGGAAAGACACAUUAGUCAAAGCCACUGCUGAGAAUCUGAAGGAAGCAAAGAACUUCGUUCGAGCUAUUGACACUCGAGGCAUGACAAACCUACAUGGUGGUUUAAUGAAGGGAAUUGAAAUGCUGACUACAGCUUUUGAAACAAAUUCUGUGUCCAAGAGAAGUGCAUCUAUAAUUAUCAUGUUAACGGAUGGUCAACCUAAUGAAGGUGUAUCAGACCCUCAGGAAAUUCAAGUGAAUGUAAAAAAAGCCAUUCAAGGAAGAUACCCCUUAUAUAACCUAGCUUUUGGCUAUGGUAUUGACUAUAAUUUUCUAGAAAAGAUGGCACUAGAGAAUAAAGGGGUGGCUCGUCGCAUCUAUCCAGAUUCUGAUUCAGCCAUACAAAUGGAGGGUUUUUAUGAGGAAGUAGCCAAUCCCAUGCUUACAGAAGUGGAGUUAAACUACCCUGAAAAUGCAAUUUCUGACUUAACUCAAAACAAUUUUAAGCACUACUAUGAUGGCUCUGAAAUCGUGGUGGCUGGACGUAUUACAGAUAAUGACCUGAACAGUUUGACUGCAGAUGUGAAAGCUCAAGGUGCAGAAAAUGAUGUGACAUUUAGUGAACAAGCAGAUGUUGAAGAAACAGCAAAAGCUCUCCAAGAACAGGAGUACAUAUUUGGGGAUUACAUUGAGAGGCUUUGGGCUUAUCUCACCAUCCAACAAUUACUGGAAAAACGCACUGUAGCUCAGGGAGAAGAAAAGGAAAAUCUUACCGCUGAAGCCCUGGAGCUCUCUCUGAAAUACAAGUUUGUGACACCUUUGACAUCCAUGGUAGUUACGAAGCCAGAAGAUAAUGAAGAUAAAGCUGCAAUUGCUGAUAAACCAGUAGAAGCUGAAGCCAGGGCUACCCCAGGCACUCAAUCAUAUCCAACACAUUCUUAUCUGUACAGUAGUCCUUCAAUCCCCUCCGUAUAUACUAGUGUUGAUGGAGAUCCACACUUCAUUAUAUCAGUGCCACAAAAAGAAGAUGCCAUUUGUUUCAAUAUCAAUGAAGAGACGGGUGCAGUGUUAAAUUUAAUAAAUGACCCAGUUACAGGCAUCAGAGUCAAUGGGCAGCUUAUUGGAGAUAAGAGAGUGAGCAGUGAUGCAAAGAUCCAGAACACAUAUUUUGGAAAACUUGGGAUUGAAAAUAAGCAGCUGGAAUUAAAACUAGAAGUAACUCCUGAGAAAAUAACCGUCCAGAAGGACAGAAAGAAGACAGUUUUCACCUGGCUUGAUACAGUCACCCUGCGACAAGAAGGUCUGACUGUGAUAAUCAACAGGAAAAAAAAUCUAGUGCUUUCAAUGGGAGAUGGCGCAUCAUUUGUUAUUGUUUUGCACAAAGUGUGGAAGAAGCAUCCUCUACACCAGGACUUCCUAGGAUUGUAUACGCUGGAUAGUCACAAGCUGUCUGAACGUACCCAUGGCUUAUUAGGGCAAUUUUUCCACCACAUUGACUUUAAUAUACUUGAAAUCCAUCCUGGGUCUGAUCCCAAGAAACCAGAUGCUACAAUCGUGAUCAAAAACAAUAAACUAACAGUAACUAGGGGCUGGCAGAAAGAUUUCAGAAAAGAUCCAAAGCAUGGCAUUGAUAUCCCUUGUUGGUUUGUUCAUAACAAUGGAGCAGGGCUGAUUGAUGGAGUUCACACAGAUUAUAUUGUUUCCAAUAUAUUUGACACAACUGUAAAUUAAUCCUCAGAUGUGUGUUUAGAGAGCAUUUUUCUGAAUGAGUUAUGCUUUCUAAUAAUCAGCUAUUAAAUUAUAGUAAGCUUACAGAAUUGGUGUGUUGGUUGGCUAUACUGUCACGUAACCGAUUCUAGUAAAUCAGGCUAGUUUGUGUGUGAUUAGUUCUUAAAUGCAAAUUAGCUGUUGUGUUUGUCUAAACAGGCAUCACGCAACCAAUAUCUACAAAAUCAUUCUAUUUCAUUACAUAAACCAAAUAUAGUUUUUUUUGUAUUAAAUUAAUUUACAAGCUUUAUAAUUCCUCUCUGUAAAUAGAGGAAAAACAUUUAAUUCAAGUACUUGAGUCUCAAAAGGUUUAAAUAAAAGCUUCAAAACUU